AUGAACGUGCGUCAGCCCUGCCCUGCAUUUCCUCCCCCGGACUCUGUCAACCUGUCACGCAGCAUUGGCUCGCCUGCCACACGCUUUUUAAGCUCUGCACUUGCUGCCUGCCACCCAACAAUGGCCCGCCGAAGCAGCUCCGUUCUGGUGGCCGCCGUCCUGAUGGCGGCGGUGGCCUGCUGGGGAUUCUCCUGCUUUGUGGCGCCCAAGAGCCAGCCCGUGGUGGAGCAGCCGCAGUUGCGCGGACAGGCGCCCGUGGAAGCAGCUCUUCUGGGAGCUGCCGUCGCUGCCGUGCCCCAGGUUGCUCUGGCAGGCAACUCAGGCUACGCUCUGCUCCAGCUUGGAUGGGCCGUCUUCAUCAUUAGCUUGGGACCUGCGGUGCUGUUCUGGGUCUACUUCAACAAGCCCGAGCUUCUCUGA